AUGUUGCAGAAUCGGUGCGAUCAAAAGCUACCCAAAUGCACCAAUUGCAAUAAAGCCCAUGUGAGCAGCGUUGGCUUCUAUCCUGUAAGCAAGCUUGAGAUCCCUCACAGCUAUGUCCACUACCUGGAACACCCUGUGGUGAACUUGAAAGCGGUGGUAGCAGCUAACAACAUCGCUUUUCCACCGGCACAGUAUGACUUUGCCAUCAGCGAGAACAUCAAGACAGACAUCAAUGUCCCAUUCCCGGUCCAAGACGAUCACCUAGAUCAUGACAACUACCAAGUUACCAAUGCUGACCACGCGUACCCUGGUUCCGGCAAUGGAAAGUCACCACGAUGA